GUACCGCAGGCACUGGGUCUCUCCAUCUCCAGAUCCGAGCUCGCGUCAAAUCCCAAUCAUGCUCUUCUCUUACUCUCCGCCCCUUUCCCAUCUUGCUCUUCUCCCUCUGACGGCACCGGUGGCUCGUCUCAGAUCUGGCGACGGGGAUGGACAGGGUCUUCUCUUGGGCGGCCUCCUUCCCCGACGAGGUGUGGGAGCACACUUUCUCUUUCCUCCCUACUGACGCCGACCGCAAUGCCGUUGCCCUGGUCUGCCGCUCCUGGCACCGGAUAGAACGGCUGUCGAGGCGGAAGAUCUUCGUGGGGAACUGCUACGCGGUGGCUCCGGCAGCGGCGGUGCGGCGAUUCCCGGAGGUCAGGUCGGCGACCAUCAAGGGGAAGCCGCAUUUCGCGGAUUUCAACCUAGUGCCCGCCGACUGGGGCGGCGGGGCGGGGACGUGGAUCCAGUCGAUGGCCGAGGGGUGGCCGCGUCUCGAGGAGCUUCGCCUCAAGAGAAUGGUGGUCUCUGAUGAUUGCCUCGAGCUUGUCGCCCGGUCCUUUAAGAACUUUAGGGUUCUGUCACUAGUCUCCUGCGAAGGGUUCAGCACUUCCGGGCUGGCCGCCAUUGCGGCCAACUGCAGGAAUCUGAAGGCACUUGAUCUGCAUGAAAAUGAAGUGGAGGAGAAUUGUAUAAACUGGAUAUCUCAUUUUCCAGAAUCCUUUACUUCCCUGGUUACUCUUAACAUUUCAUGCCUGGAUGGUGAGAUGAAUGUAUCUAUUCUUGAGCGCCUCAUUAGCAGAUGUCCCAAUCUCAAAACCCUUAGACUCAAUCAUGUCACUCCUCUAGAAAAACUUGUUGGCCUUCUACACGUGGCUCCACAGCUGGUAGACCUUGGAAUUGGCAUGCUCAUAGGAGAAGGUCAUCCAGGACUUUUCUCCAAGCUUGAAUCUGCUUUUGCUCACUUAAAACAUCUGAAGAACCUAUCUGGUAUAUGGGAAGCUGGACCAUUAUACUUCCCAGCAAUAUAUUCAAUUUGUGAAGGUCUUACAGCACUGCACCUCUGUGAUUCUGGCAUACAAACACCGGAGCUCUCAAAAGUGGUUAGCCGGUGUAAAAAUCUUCAACAGCUAUGGGCUAUGGACUUAAUCGAGGACGAUGGGCUUAUUGCUGUGGCAUCAUCUUGCAAACUCCUCCGAGAAUUGCGAAUAUUUCCUUCUGAUCCACAUGGUUUGGCGCAACCUGUCUCUCUCACAGAAUAUGGCCUUAUUGCUGUCUCUUCUGGUUGCGUUAUGCUUGAGUCUAUUCUCUAUUUUUGCCGGCAAAUGACUAAUUCUGCCCUCCUUACUAUUGCUAAUAAUCGCCCCAAUCUCACAUGCUUCCGGCUCUGCAUCAUCGAGCCUUGCACCCCUGAUUAUAUUACUCUAGAACCUCUAGAUGCUGGCUUUGGGGCUAUUGUUGAAUCCUGCAAGGACCUCCGACGUCUCUCCAUAUCUGGUCUUCUUACUGAUCGUGUGUUCAAAACCAUUGGGGCUUCAGCAAAUCAUCUUGAGAUGCUCUCUGUUGCUUUUGCUGGUAAUAGUGAUGCAGGUCUUCAUUACAUUCUAUCUGGUUGUAAGAAAUUACGCAAGCUGGAAAUUAGGGACUGCCCAUUUGGGGAUAAGGCACUGUUGGACAAUGCAGAUAAACUGGAGACAAUGCGAUCCCUUUGGAUGUCAUCAUGCUCUGUGUCACUGGGGGCAUGCAGAUUGUUAGCUAAGAAGAUGCCACGGCUUAACGUGGAGGUUAUUGAUGAGAAUGGAGGAGGGUCGUUCGAGUCAUGGUCUGAUGAUUGCCUUGUGGAAAAACUCUACAUUUACAGAACUAUUACUGGCCCGAGAACUGAUGCCCCACCUUUUGUUUUGACUGUUUAAGGUGAAAUCAGGUAUUAAGGAAGUGAUAUUAUCUUUAUCUUGUUUAUCAACCUAAUUGGCUUUCCAGUAGUCAAGCUCAUUUUUUUUGAAAUGAUGGGAAAGCAGUCAGUUUAUAGUAUCAAGUGCAGCAUGAUUAUGGUUUUAGAUUUCAAUCACUGAAAGUUAUCAUGAAUUUUACUUUUGAUUGUCACUUAUCAAUGAGUUGUGGGACUAUAUGAGCUAUAUAUGGUUUAAUAUAUUGAGGGUAAUGUCACCACCAAAUAGUGCACUCGCAACAUCGUGCAGAACAACUCUUUUAGCCCUGUAUUUAACUCUCCUUUAGCAGUGGCAAUUUGUUGUAUUUAUAAGAAAUCUUGAAAUUCCUAAUAAAAAACAAUCAUGUCAUGUGAUCUCA